AUGCCGGGCGGCGCGCGGCGCUCGCUGGCUUCCCCGGUGGUGAGCGGCGUCCUCUGCCAGUGCGGCGGCGGCGGCGGCGCCACGACGGCGGCGGCGCCUUCCCCCUCCUCCGCCUGCUCUGCCCCGGUCGCGGCGGACGGGCCCCCGGGCGGCGGCGGCUCCUCCUGCUCGGCCGCGGAGCACGAGCGGCGCGUGCAGAGCCUCUUCGUGCAGCUGGACGUGAACCGCGACGGCGCGCUCUGCGUGCACGACCUGGCCGUCGGCCUGCAGCGGCUCGGCCUGCACCGCUCCGAGAGGGACUUGUGGCGCAGCUGCAGGGGCUCCCUCGCUAAGGUUCCCGCCGAGGGAGGAGCGAUGCUGUGGUCUCUUUGGCGGUUUUUCUCUUGCCUUUUCUCCAAGGCUACCUGUCAGGGCCCUGCCGAGGCAAAAGAGAAUGGAGCGAAAGAACUCCCAGCGCGCACUGCUGGGGACCAGGGGCCAAGGACACCGGGGAAGCUGGUCCACAAAGCAGCUGAGCCCUCCGAAAGGAGACCAGCAAUUCUCCUGGUCGUUGGACCAGCAGAGCAUUUCACGCAGAAAAUCGUAAAAGCUGGAGAUAAGGACCUGGAUGGCCAGCUGGACUUCGAGGAGUUCGUUCACUAUCUCCAAGACCAUGAAAAGAAACUGAGGCUGGUUUUCAAGAGUCUAGACAAAAAGAAUGACGGCUGCAUCGACGCGCAGGAGAUCAUGCAGUCCCUUCGGGAUUUGGGAGUCAAGAUCUCCGAACAGCAGGCAGAGAAAAUUCUCAAGAGCAUGGAUAAAAACGGGACAAUGACCAUAGACUGGAACGAGUGGCGUGACUAUCACCUCUUGCACCCGGUGGAGAACAUUCCGGAGAUUAUUUUGUACUGGAAGCAUUCGACGAUCUUUGAUGUGGGAGAGAAUCUGACCGUGCCGGAUGAAUUCACGGUGGAGGAGAGGCAGACCGGGAUGUGGUGGCGGCACCUGGUUGCAGGCGGAGGUGCAGGAGCCGUGUCGCGGACGUGCACCGCCCCCUUGGACCGCCUGAAAGUCGUCAUGCAGGUUCACGCUUCUCGCAGCAACAACAUGUGCAUCGUCGGGGGUUUCACGCAGAUGAUUAAGGAGGGCGGCCCGAGGUCGCUCUGGCGAGGGAACGGCAUCAAUGUCUUGAAGAUCGCUCCAGAGUCUGCCAUCAAGUUCAUGGCUUACGAGCAGAUCAAGCGGUUCAUUGGCACUGACCAGGAGGUGCUGAGGAUCCAUGAGAGGCUGGUGGCCGGGUCACUGGCGGGAGCCAUUGCCCAGAGCAGCAUCUACCCCAUGGAGGUUCUGAAGACACGGAUGGCCCUAAGGAAGACGGGGCAGUACUCGGGAAUGCUGAACUGCGCCAAGAACAUCCUGGCCAAGGAAGGCAUGGGCGCUUUCUACAAAGGCUACAUCCCGAACAUGCUGGGAAUCAUUCCAUAUGCUGGGAUUGACCUGGCCGUCUACGAGACAUUAAAAAACAGCUGGCUGCAGCACUAUGCCGUGAACAGUGCGGACCCCGGCGUGUUCGUUCUCCUGGCCUGUGGCACCAUCUCCAGCACUUGCGGGCAGCUGGCCAGUUACCCCCUUGCCCUGGUUCGGACACGGAUGCAAGCUCAAGCUUCCAUCGAGGGAGCACCCCAGGUGACCAUGCGGGGCCUCUUCAAGCACAUCCUGAAGACAGAGGGAGCCUUCGGCCUCUACAGGGGCUUGGCCCCCAACUUCAUGAAGGUGAUCCCGGCCGUGAGCAUCAGCUACGUGGUCUACGAGAACUUGAAGAUGACUCUGGGCGUGCAGUCGCGGUGACCACCCGGCAUCCGGCACCCUGAACUCCGAACACAGCCCUGGGAGCGCAACCCCAGGGCGCUGGCCAUUUCAUUCUGUGAAUGCGUUGACUGACACGAAGCCGAUUCGGCCAGGCUGUGCAGAGCCCAGGCAGCGUCCCCGUGCUGUGGAGCAGGAGGGCCUCGGGCCUCUGCUCCGGAGAGAGCCGCGUGUUUAGUGCUCCUCAGUCAGCCCUCCCUGCGCGGGAAUCCGAGGGAGACGCCGCAAGCUGGCGGAGCCGGCCGGCUCGUGGGGGUGAGCAGCACCGCCCUGCUCUGAGUCUGCCGGAGCGGAACUGGAGCAGGCGUCAUCUUCGACUUGCUUGGAAGAGCUCCUUUCUGUUGCGUCGCCAGACUCCUCCUGCCCACGGCCUGAAACAUCCAGAAGGCCUGCUUUGGAGGAGGCAUGGCCGCUGGGCCAAAUAUUCUGUUGCUGUUUACAUUCAUUCCUUUUGGGUAGGAGUAAUUCAUGUUCCACGGCAAAAUCCUUGACACUGCAAUGUAACUUCGGAAACUGAGACUUUGAGGGCAAAGCUGGUUUCCUGCCAGGGCUGAAUGUUACUUUAAGGCUAGCUGGGCAGAGCCAAAAUUUUGCCUUUUAUUUUUCUAGGUCUGAGCAAGCGUGUGUCCCUCUAAAACCGCUAACAAGUUGCACUUAUGAUCCGAAGCAGUACCCUCGUGCCUGCACGUCUCUCUGCAUGCCGGGGCGGCUUGUCUCUCCAUUGGUGGGCUGGGGGGGUGAGGCUCCGUGCCACCCGGCACCCUUCGGGUGGCUUUGUGGAGCCGGUUGCGGAGCCGUGCUGCUUUUGGGCGUCGCUUGGAUGCGAGUCCAGCAUGGGGGGCGGAGGGCGCAGCACCUGACAGAAGCCACCUUGGCGCCCCCGUGAGCCUUUUGCAUGGUGCUUUUGAACGCAGUCUCGCCGGGCUCCUCCGCCUGGAACACGGGGUCUUGCUGCUUUCAGUCUUUAUAGGUGGAUGUUCGAGAGGUAGCAUUUAAGGUGGGUGGGGUGGUGGCCCGGGACUUCAGGGUGGGAAAUGGCGUUGCUGCAGGGGAUGGACAGGGUAAGCCGACGGCAGGAAGGCUGGAGCUUUUGUGGGUGAGUGGACGGGAGGAACGUCUUGGUCUCUGCUUCUGGUGCCAGGUGCUUUUCAUAGGGAGAAGGGAAGACAGUCGGGCUGCUGUAUCUCUGACUGUAUCAGGGGCUACUUGAGUCUGCCUGCCCAGACCUCUUGGGGGGCCAGCAGGGUCCUCGUCCGACUUCGGGGCCAGCAACACAUUCCAUGGUUUUGUUUUUACUGCUUAAAGCAUAUUUAUUUUGUAUUUAUUUGAAGGCAAGAGCUGUUCUCAAACUAUUUUUUAUAGACUUGUUUUAAAUAUAGUUACCGUGUCCUUGUUUUUCUGUGUUUUUGUAGAGGUCUUGUAUUUAUGUUCUUAAAAAUCAUUUUGCACGUUUAAGCAUUGUCGGAUCGAAUUGUCGGUGGGUGAGGACCACUUCUCGUGGUUGCUAGUGCUCAGUUUCGUUUUUAUAAAGUGUGCUUGCCACUGGGCCUGGCUGAGGAGCUCGGUCCGUCCAGAGAAAAUUCCUGCAGGAAAAGGCCUUAGGGAUGGGGACAGGCAGGGUGAGGCAAAUCUUCUGUCUGGAGGAAACUUGUUUUCACCAGAGUGGGGAACCUGUUGGUUUGCUUCGAGCUUGCCCCACUGUGGAAUUGCCACAUGUCUGACUUCUUUAUGGGUUGUGGGUUGAAACACACAAGUUGGAUUUCUGUAAAAAUAGGGGCAGUUUGGUGGGAUGGGGCAUUAAGAAUGAAAAGGGCUGGUUGGAUUGGGAGGAAAAGGAAAUAAAAAUCUCAGGGAGACCAAGGUCACAAGAUGCCAGUUUUCCUGAUGUGUGGAAGGAAAUUCGCACUUGGCGCUGAGCUGCGGCCAUUUUUCGGGCAGUUUUCUGAGUCCUGUUCCAGGUGCAUGGAAAAGAACCGCAGCAUGGCUGGUAUUCCUGGACGCAGCAGUGGCCUCCCGGCCCUGCAGUGGCUCCAUGCCUUGAAAGGCCUGCGCUGUUCGGGGCAGCUUUCUCCUUCAUCUCCACGGGAUCCUCUCUCCUUUUGUCAGGAGAAUCCAUUGCUGCUUUUGCUGCAACUGCCUGCUUGUGUUGGCUGAUGUGGUUUGCUCCCCACUCGCCCUUUCGUGAGUCACUGUACCUGGGAGAGCAGCUUCUCUCUCGCCAGAUAUUCGGCCUGCAAUCAUCCCUCCCCGUUGGCGUUGCUAGCAAGAGCUACUGGGGGUUGGACCCAAACAUCUGGCAGGCCUCGAGUUGUCCUCCCUCCCUCGUACCAUCCCCUUCCCACCAUUCGUGGCCUGAAGAGAGUAUUCUGAACAUACCAGUAAAUGCAAAACCAACCAUUUCCGACGCUGUAACCUGGAUUUAUGAAGAGCAAAUUUAACAAAACAAGAAGCCCUUGUGUAGUAAGGAACUGUUUGCUAAUAAAAGUUUAUCAUGCUCA